UUGAUUUAUAGCAGUAGAAAUAUACCACCCUAGAGGGCACACCUCCUUUUAGAUAGGUACCUAUAAAUGUCUAGGAUCUUCUAUUCAAUUGAGAAGAACCCAGCAAAAUGGGGAUCUCCACGGUCAUCCUUGAAAUAUGUCUUUUAUGGGGACAAGUUCUACCUACAGGUUCAGCAGCAGUAACAGUGAUAGACACCACAGAAGCUGGUUUACAGGAGGCUCACGUGAUAACUGGAUUUGCAACAGAAGAAAACUCUGUUCCAGUUAGUACUUCAAAUGGUUUGGCCCUGAGGCUGGUGAAUGGAGGUGACCCGUGUAAGGGCAGGGUGGAGGUCCGGUACCAGGAUUCCUGGGGCACCGUGUGUGAUGACUACUGGGACACCAAUGAUGCCAAUGUGGUCUGCAGGCAGCUUGGCUGUGGCUGGGCUGUAUCCGCCCCAGGAAAUGCCCGGUUUGGCCAAGGCUCAGGGCCGAUUGUCCUGGAUGACAUGCGCUGCUCAGGAUAUGAGUCCUACCUGUGGAGCUGCCCCCACAAUGGCUGGCUCUCCCAUAACUGUGGCCACAGUGAAGAUGCUGGUGUCAUCUGCUCAGCCGCUGAAUCAGAUCAUCUCACAACACAUAGUGGGUGGAUCCCAGGGACUGCAGACUCUGGUCUGCCUCUGAGGCUGGUGAAUGGAGGUGACCGGUGUCAGGGCCGGGUGGAGGUCCUGCACCAAGGCUACUGGGGCACUGUAUGUGAUGACAGCUGGGACACCCAGGACACAGAUGUUGUCUGCAGGCAGCUUGGCUGUGGUUAUUCUGUGUCAGCCCUGGGUGGGGCCCACUUUGGUCAGGGCUCCGGAAACAUUCUCUUGGGUGACGUGCAUUGCUCGGGAAGGGAGCCCUACCUGUCAAGCUGUCCCCACAGCGGAUGGUACAACCACGAAUGUGGCCACAGGGAAGAUGCUGGUGUCGUGUGCUCAGCUUCUCUGUUUCCCUCGAAGGCGCCCCUGGAGACAACUGUAGCAGAAGGAUCCGAUUCUGGUUUGGCCCUGAGGCUGGUGAAUGGAGGUGACAGGUGUCAGGGCCGGGUGGAAGUCCUGUACCAAGGCUCCUGGGGCACCGUGUGUGAUGACAGCUGGGACACCAAUGAUGCCAAUGUGGUGUGCAGGCAGUUGGGCUGUGGUUGGGCCAUGUCGGCUCCAGGAAAUGCCCGGUUUGGUCAGGGCUCAGGACCCAUUGUCCUGGAUGACGUGCGCUGCUCAGGGUAUGAGUCCUACCUGUGGAGCUGCUCCCACAACGGCUGGUUCUCCCACAACUGUGGCCAUCAUGAAGACGCUGGUGUCAUCUGCUCAGCUGCACAGUCGACGCUCAGGCCAGACACUUGGCCUGCCAGGACAUCACCUGUACUCAUACAAGACACUUGGCCGGCCACAGCCUCAAAUGCAUCAACAGCAGGAUCUGAAUCCAGUUUGGCCCUGAGGCUGGUGAAUGGAGAUGACGGGUGUCAGGGCCGAGUGGAGGUCCUCUACCGAGGCUCCUGGGGCACCGUGUGUGAUGACAACUGGGACAUCAGUGAUGCCAAUGUGGUCUGCAGGCAGCUGGGCUGUGGCUGGGCCAUGUCGGCCCCAGGAAAUGCCUGGUUUGGUCAAGGCUAUGGACCCAUCGUCCUGGAUGAGGUUCGCUGCUCAGGGCAUGAGUCGUACCUAUGGAGCUGCCCCCACAAUGGCUGGCUCUUCCACAACUGUCAGCAUAGUGAAGACGCUGGUGUCAUCUGCUCAGGUUUCCAGUCCCAGUCAACGCCCAGGCCAGAUGCUUGGCCAGCCACUGACUUACCUGCAUCGACAACAGGAUAUGAAUCCAGUUUGGCCCUGAGGCUGGUGAAUGGAAGCGAUAGGUGUCAGGGCCGGGUGGAGGUCCUGUACCAAGGCUCCUGGGGCACCGUGUGUGAUGACAGCUGGGACACCAAUGAUGCCAAUGUGGUGUGCAGGCAGCUGGAAUGUGGAUGGGCCCUGUCAGCCCCAGGAAAUGCCCGGUUUGGUCAGGGCUAUGGACCCAUUGUCCUGGAUGACGUGCGCUGCUCAGGGUAUGAGUCCUACCUGUGGAGCUGCCCCCACAAUGGCUGGCUCUCCCACAACUGUCAGCACAGUGAAGACGCUGGUGUCAUCUGCUCAGCUUCCCAGUCCCGGUCAACGCCCAGGCCAGGAUCUGAAUCUAGUUUGGCCCUGAGGCUGGUGAAUGGAAGUGACAGGUGUCACGGCCGAGUAGAGGUCUUAUAUCAAGGCUCCUGGGGCACCGUGUGUGAUGACUACUGGGACACCAAUGACGCCAAUGUGGUGUGCAGGCAGCUGGGCUGUGGCUGGGCCCUGUCAGCUCCAGGAAAUGCCCGGUUUGGUCAGGGCUAUGGACCCAUUGUCCUGGAUGAUGUGCGCUGCUCGGGGUACGAAUCCUACCUGUGGAACUGCCCCCACAAUGGCUGGCUCUCCCACAACUGUCACCAUAGUGAAGAUGCUGGUGUCAUCUGCUCAGCCUCCCAGAUAAAUUCUACUACGACAGAAUGGUGGCAUCCAAUAACUACAGCCACUGCAAGACCCUCUUCAAAUUGUGGUGGCUUCUUAUUCAAUGCCAGUGGGACCUUCUCCAGCCCAUCCUACCCUGGAUACUAUCCCAACAAUGCUAAGUGUGUUUGGGAAAUAGAAGUGAAUUACGGUUACCGCAUAAACCUGGGCUUCAGUAAUCUGCAGUUGGAGGGGCACAAUAGCUGCAGUUUUGAUUAUGUUGAAAUCUUUGAUGGAUCACUGAAUAGCAGUCACCUGCUGGGGAAAAUCUGUAAUGAUACCAGGCAGAUAUUCACAUCUUCUUACAACCGAAUGACCAUUCACUUUCGAAGUGACAUCAGUUUCCAAAACAUCGGCUUUUUGGCUUGGUAUAACUCCUUCCCAAGCGAUGCCAGCUUGAGGUUGGUCAGUUUAAACUCAUCUUAUGGUCUAUGUGCCGGGCGUGUAGAAGUUUACCAUCGUGGCACAUGGGGGACAGUUUGUGAUGACUCCUGGACCAUUCAUGAAGCUGAGGUAGUCUGCAGACAGCUAGGGUGUGGACAUGCACUCUCAGCCCUUGGAAACGCCUAUUUUGGCUCUGGCUCUGGCCCCAUCACCCUGGAUGAUGUAGAAUGCUUGGGGACAGAAUCCACUCUCUGGCAGUGCCGGAACCGAGGCUGGUUCUCCCACAACUGUCGUCACCAUGAAGAUGCUGGUGUCAUCUGCUCAGGAUACCAGCUAUCAACACCUGCUCCUUUUCCCAACAUCAGUCAUCCAAACACAAAUUAUUCCUGUGGAGGCUUCCUGAACCAACCAUCAGGACACUUCUCCAGCCCAUUCUAUCCUGGGAACUAUCCGAACAAUGCCAACUGUGUGUGGGACAUUGAGGUUCAAAGCAACUACCGUGUGACUGUGAUCUUCAGAGAUGUCCAGCUUGAAGGCGGCUGCAACUAUGAUUAUAUUGAAGUUUUCGACGGCCCUUACCACAGUUCCCCUCUCAUUGCUCGAGUUUGUGAUGGGGCCAGUGGCUCCUUCACUUCCUCCUCCAACUUCAUGUCCAUUCGCUUCAUCAGCGACCACAGCAUUGCGAAGAGAGGGUUCCGGGCUGAGUACUACUCCAGUCCCUCCAAUGACAGCACCAACCUGCUCUGUCUGCCGAAUCACAUGCGAGCCAGUGUGAGCAGGAGCUACCUCCAGUCCCUGGGCUUUUCUGCCAGUGACCUUGUCAUUUCCAACUGGAACGGAUACUACCAGUGUCGGCCCCAGAUAACACCGAGCCAGGUGAUAUUCACAAUUCCCUACUCAGGCUGCGGCACCAUCAAGCAGGUAGACAAUGACACCAUCAACUAUUCCAACUUCCUCAAAGCAGCUGUCUCCCAUGGCAUCAUCAAGAGGAGGAAGGACCUACUUAUUCACGUCAGCUGCAGGAUGCUUCAGAACACCUGGGUCAACACCAUGUACAUUGCUAAUGACACCAUCCGGGUCGAAGAAGUGCAAUAUGGCAAUUUCGACGUGAACAUUUCCUUUUAUUCUUCCCCCUCUUUCUUGUAUCCUGUGACCAGCAGCCCUUACUACGUGGACCUGAACCAGGACUUGUACCUUCAGGCUGAAAUCCUCCAUUCUGAUGCCACGCUGGCCUUGUUUGUGGACACCUGUGUGGCAUCACCAUACUACAAUGACUUCACGUCUUUGACUUAUGAUCUAAUCCGGAGCGGAUGCGUGAAAGAUGAAAGCUACCGGCCCUACGCACAGCCGUCUCCUGGCAUUGCCCGCUUCCGGUUCAGUGCCUUCCACUUCCUGAGCCGCUUCCCCUCCGUGUACCUGCAGUGUAAAAUGGUGGUGUGCAGGGCGUAUGACUACUCUUCCCGCUGCUACCGAGGCUGCGUGGUGAGGUCCAAGAGGGAUGUGGGCUCCUACCAGGAAAAGGUGGAUGUCGUCCUGGGUCCCAUCCAGCUGCAGACCCACCACGCCAAGAAGAGGAGCCUUGGUAGGUGGUCGCUCUCAGACUCCACUGGCCAGCGGGGCGCACACCCCUGACUCUCGGGGACUUGGGAUGUUUCUCGUGGUUUCAUGUUCCAACUCAAAUUUGAGCACUCCACUGUGAUACACCUGGCCAUACAGAGUUGAAUCAGACCUGGUUCCCGCCUCCCCCAAGGCUCAUAGUCCUUGGAGGACCCAUUGAAGGGCAUGGUCCAGAGAGUUUUGACCUGGAUGUCCCACGAACCUGACCUCCCAGAACCCAUGCUUCCUAUUUGCAAAAUGAAAAUGUUGUUACUUCUUAGCACUGUUGAGAGAGUUACAUAAAGGAAUUUUGGAGAAACUGC